AAGUCCUGAACCUCAUACUUGAGAAUCUUAGUAAAAAGCUUGGAAGGCAACUAUACAUCAUGUAAACUGUGGCAUUGGCAGUCACUUUAACUGAAAACCUCUCUUUUUUUACACAAAAUCCAUAUAAAUUGUUUUCUUCUUUUGAUAGCUACUUUUGUUAGUAAUUUUCUUUUCCAGGGUUGUAAUAAAAAGAAGCUGCAAGAGGAAUUAGCUAUACUAUGUUUUUCAUGGAUUUAGGGUGCAAGAGGUAUGUGGGUCUCCAUAGAUCAGGCUUUUUUUCUCACUCGGGAUUGCAAACUGAAGUGCCCAUCCAACAAAAAUGAACGUGGAAAAUGAGAACAUAGAAUCGGUGACCGAUUUAAGACUUGCUCUGGGGUAUUCCAAUCACAGCAUUCAGAGAAGAUUGAGCAAUGAUCUCGGUGCAGGUGCAAAUGCAGCUUCAAGGAUAGACAUUGCAUUUGUGGCCUCUGACCCCCUGUCAGAAUUAGUUUGGUCUCCACAGAAAGGUCCCAGUCUCAAAUGUACUGACUGCAGUUUUUCUGAUAAAAAACAUUCCCUUGUUUGGGGUGCAGGACCAAGCAAUGUGGUUCUUUCACCACAACAAACUAAUACAUCUGCAAGGUCAAGUAAUGACAAGCCUAUGGAUGAAGAAAUUUUCAAUACAUCCAUAUCCUCAUUUCACAAUAUGAAAACGAAAGUUGCCAAUAUAGAUAAUUCGGACAAAUCUGCUGGGGAUAAUGAUGACAUCAGGUUGUGUCAUGAACAGCAGAUAGAUAAUGAUAGUUCUUUCCAAGGAGCUGCUGGCUUUGUAGAGGAGAUAAGCACAAAGAGAGGAGAAUCUGAUGAAAAUCGUAUUGAAAAGAACGAUUUAGUAGAUCAUAAAGGAGCGUAUUUCUGUUAUCCAGACAAUAGCCAAGUGGCUGAAAUAGCUGAGGCAAUGGAAAACAAUUCUCCAAGUUCACCAGAUGAAAUGAAACCAGAUGUUGCACAAGUUGAAUCUUUAUUCAACUAUCCUGCUAAUGAAGCCAGAGAUGUUGGCAGUGGGACUCAGUUGUCAAGAAUGGAGAUUGUCUUGGCAUCUGAGGUUCAUACUGACAACGAAUGUGAAGCGUGUGGACCUCCAGAGACAUAUCUGACAUCCCCUUGUAGAAAACAAGAUAAAUCGGCUUCAUUACUGGAGAAAAAUGGGGAAAGUAAGAUGGAGGGGCGCAUUUUUUCUAGUCUUUGGACUAUGGAAAAACUUGAGGCAACUGCCGAAAAUGAUUUGCAGGCUCUGAUAGGUGAUAAUGCAUGUGCUGCAACAAGUAAAGUUUCAGGUUCAGAAUCUGCAUCUGACAAUGAAAAGAACUUUCAGCACCAUAAGGAGAUAACACCAGAGAGGAUGUCUACUGAUAAACAUUCUCCAACUAACAGCAGAAUCGAUAGAUAUAGAAGAAAAGGAAAGGAAAAAGCUUUAUCUGAUGGAGACGCUAAAGGAAUGAUGUCAAAAGAGGAGGAUGACAGCCAUGAGAGUGUUGAAAGUUGUAACAGUGCUGGAUUAUUCUCUACAGGCAAAAAACGAUGGGGCUUUGAGCAACAAUUGAUUGUGGGGAGCAAAAGAGUGAAAAAGCAAAUCGAUGAAAGUCCUUGUUCCUCAUCAUUUGUAAAACAAGAUAGCUCCUUCAUGAACUGGAUAUCAAACAUGGUGAAAGGGUUUUUGAAAUCGAAAGAUGAGACACCGUUGUUGGUGCUUACUGCUGCUAAUCCUAAUCAGUCACAUGAGAGUCCUGUCAACAAUCUUAACACAAGCGAUAAGAACCAUGGUCCUGGGUGCAGAAAUAUUGGCUUUCAAUCUAUUUUCCACUCAAUAUAUUCUCCAAAGACUAAGGUCCAAGGAACACCAGAAAAUGAAAAUUAUCAAACUGGGCUUGAGGUGUCUAACAAGAUUUGUGACAUUGAUGCUACUCCAAUUGCCUGUCAUGGAGAAAAUUUUAACUUCCAUAAAGUAUUUCUUCUAUCAAAUGAAAGUUUCAAAGAACCAAUUUCUGGUGGUAGAGCAGGUCCAUCUACCCAGCCAAAGAUUUCCUCCAUGAAUUUGUCUCCGAGAAAUAGUGAGGGAAAUUCUGCAGAGAAUAAGAAUUCAUGCAACUUGGCAGUGGGUGUGGAGAAAGAUAGAGCAAGCUCCAGUUCUUUGGAUAAACGUAAGGUGAUGAACCCAGAGAACAUUGAUCCUGAUCCACCAUCUGAAGGAAAGACAGCUCAUAACAUUGGUUACAAAAGCAACCUUCUAGGGAGCUUGUGGAUAACUCGGUUUACUCCUAAGUCUACUACCUCCUUGUUAAACCAGGAUACCAGUCAGGCUGUUGAGUGCUCGAGCGACUGCAUGAAGCUUAAUCCUUGCUCCCAGAACAAUGUUAAUGUUUCUAGCAACAUCAGGAACGUGGAGGCUAGGCAGCAAUGUGCCAAAGAGCCGCUAACCACUUCUGGUAAAGAAUUACCUUGUGCUACUGAUGUAGAGGCAUCAAUUGGGUUCAAUAAAAUUAUAAUCCAAAAUGACCAUAAAUCCAAAUGUAAUUUGAUCCCUGCUUUACCCUCCACUAGAUUAAAAGAUUCAGAGGCAAUAGCUUCUCUUUUUGCUAAGAGAUUAGAUGCCCUCAAACACAUCAUUCCUUCCAGUGUAUCAGCCAAUACAAUUUCAACUAUCACCUGUUUGUUUUGUGGAAGAAAAGGACAUCAUUUGCAGUAUUGUCCAGAGAUAACAGAUAAUGAGAUCAAAGAUAUUCUGAGGAAUAUGAAGUCAUCUAAUAGAUUGGAAGAACUACCUUGUGUGUGCAUUAGAUGCUUUGAGCUUGGUCAUUGGGCUGUUGCAUGCCCUAGUGCAUCAAGAGGUCAACAUCAAUCAGCACGUAGAGCUUCCUUGGCUAAUCUCAGUGAACUGCAAUGUCAUUCAAGAUUUGAAGAGAACAAGAAACUUUUAGGUGACAAUCAAGAAGCAUUUACUGCAGGUAUGCUUUGCCAUGGAAUUGAUACUGGAAAGGGCCCCAGUACUAAUUGUGGGGUUACUGCAGACAAAAUGAGGUCAAGCACAAAUGUGAACAAGAAACAUGUAGCUUCCAUUUCCCAGGAAAGCGAGUUGAAAGAAAACCAGAUCACUCAUUGGGGUAAUUUCAUCAGUCAGCAGGUUUCAGAUAUGCCAAAGGCAAUCUUAAAUGCUGUUAGGAUGCUUCAGUUGUCACGGACAGAUAUCCUGAAGUGGAUGAAUUCGCAAAUAUCACUCUCACAUCUUGAAGGGUUUUUCCUGCGAUUGCGGCUUGGAAAGUGGGAGGAAGGAUUAGGGGGAACUGGAUAUUAUGUUGCCUGCAUAACUGGGGCAUGCAAACAGGAUACAGAGCAAAAUUCCAAGAAUUCUGUCUCUGUUAAUGUAGGGGGAACAAAAUGCUUGGUUGAGAGCCAAUACAUAUCCAACCACGAUUUUCUUGAGGAUGAGCUUAUGGCAUGGUUGCGUGCAACUACAAAGAAUGGUGGCAAGCUUCCGUCUAAGGAAGAAUUGACAAUGAAAGUUAAAGAGAGAAGAACGUUAGGCUUUUAGGGUCUUUUAUUUUUUAUUUUUUAGUUUCAGCAGUUUGCAUGCAUUCCAUUGUGGAGGGGACACGGCAAUGGGAGUGAAUUUGAUUAUAGAGUUUAGUCAUAGAGUUUCGAUCUCAUAGUCUUUAAAAAGGUUCGAGGGAAAAAAAAACAGAACAAUGAAAAAAUAAAUAAAUAAAUAAAUAAAUAAAAAAGAAGCAUCACAAUAGGAAGGAUGUGUAUUGUAAAGGGGAUGCGGCUGUUGGAGUGAAUGGUUAAUAUAGUUGACAUGGCAAUGAUAUUUGAGAAAUAAGUCUAAAAAUACAAUGGUUUGGGAAAUAAGUUUUUAAAUUAUUAUGAUUUGAUUAAAAAAAAUCCAGAAUGUAAUUGUCACGAGAAUAUUCAUUCUUCAAAAACCUAUUGAGCGUAUCAUCUGCCGCUUAAUUAAUGGGUUGAAUUUCAGAUAUACCAUCAUGUUCUACGGUCUAAUCUGUUUUGGUCUAGAAAUGCCACCAAUAAUAGUUUUUUCUACUUAAUAGUAGCAAGACUUCCAAACUUCAAAAAUAAAGGGACCCGAAGGCUGUGACCAUGCUGUUACAAUUUUUGAGAGUCUGAGAUAAUGCUCCAAUCUCCAUGGUUAUCCUCGUUCACAUGAACUUUUAGCUUUGAUGCCUAAU